GAAUUGGCUUUCGCUAGAGGGGGAUCACAUGGUUAGAACUGCAGCAGCUGAUAAAGAUUUAUUAAACUAGGCAGGUGGGUAGGAUACUUCAUCACAGCUUCUACUCGCACUUGUAUUUAGAAUCGAAGGAGCCCGUAACAGAGAAUACUGAAAAGGUAUUCCAUAAAAGAAAUAUCUGCCAAGAUGCAAACGAUGUCUGAGCUUCGGGUCGCAAAUUCAUCCCGGAAUGACACAGGCAUCUAUACUUGCUCAGCAACCAGUGAUAUUGGCGCCGAUGAAGCUGUCAUAAAACUGAUCGUACAAGCCAUGGCUAAGUACAAGAUCAUCGAUUAUGUGUACCCCACAGCAGGCGAAUUAGCCAGACUCAUACUACAGUACAAAGAUGUCGAGUACGAUGACGAAAAGGUUGACUCACCAGACCGAAUAUACGAAGCUGAAGAAGAGUCUCCAUUCGGUGUGUUGCCAGUUUUGCUUGUUAACGGGAAAGUAGUCGCUCAACAAAAUGGAAUUCCCCGUUACUUAGCCAGAGAAUUGGAUCUCGUUGGUAAAAAUAACGAAGAGGCCGCCAUUUGCGAUAUGGUUAUGGACGGACUGGGUGUCAUGUUCUCUAAAGUGAGAGGAAACCAAAUCUCGAAACUGGAUGCCAAACAACAGAUCGCCCUAUUCAAACAGAUGAUUGAAGAAGACGUCCCAAGAUUCUUAGCAAAGUAUGAGAGGUUCCUAGAGAGGUCUGAUCUCAAAAGUGGAUACUUAGCAAGUGAACAGCUCACAUGGUGCGAUCUGGGAGUGGCUUUGACAUUCGCUGGAAUGCAAAUCAGACAACCAAAACUCCUCGAGAAGUAUCCUCAUCUGAAAAAUUUCGUGGAUAAAGUUACAGCUAACGAAGUGGUCUCCCAUUUCAUAGAAACUGAGUUAGCGCCUUCAGCUGUUCUUAGAAAAAACAGCAUGUAAAAAAGAAUAGUUUGUGUUGUUUUCAAUGUGAUCAAAAUGUUUUGUUUCUUAUUUUUUUAGCGAAUAAAUGAUAUAAUGUAUAAUUCCAAAAAAAUUGUUCAAUAAAUAAUUAAUACAA